AUGGCGACUAAGAAGCCCAACAUUUUAUACAUUAUGGCCGACCAGAUGGCCGCGCCCUUGUUGUCUCUCCACGACAAGACCUCCCGUAUUAAAACUCCCAACUUAGACCGCCUUGCCGAAGGUGGUGUAGUCUUCGACUCGGCCUACUGCAACUCACCGCUGUGUGCUCCAUCUCGCUUCGUCAUGGUCAGCGGUCAACUGCCCUCGAAGAUUGGCGCCUACGAUAACGCCGCGGACUUGCCCGCCGAUACCCCAACUUAUGCCCAUUACCUCCGCAAUGAGGGCUAUCACACAGCUCUCGCCGGAAAGAUGCACUUCUGUGGCCCGGACCAGCUUCACGGUUAUGAACAGCGUCUUACUAGUGAUAUCUACCCCGGUGACUACGGCUGGUCCGUCAACUGGGAUGAACCUGACAUCCGUGCCGAUUGGUAUCACAACAUGUCUUCAGUCAUGGAAGCGGGUCCCGUUGUCCGCACCAACCAAUUGGACUUUGACGAGGAGGUUAUUUACAAGUCUCAGCAGUACUUGUAUGAUCACGUGCGCCAGCGUAGCGAGCAGCCUUUCUGUCUCACAGUCUCCAUGACCCACCCACACGACCCUUAUGCCAUGACCAAGGAGUUCUGGGACUUGUACAACGACGUCGAGAUUCCACUGCCUAAGAAUGGAGCCAUCCCACACGACCAGCAGGAUGCCCAUUCUCAACGUGUGCUGAAGUGCAUUGACCUGUUUAAUAAGGAGAUGCCCGAUGAUCGCAUCCGUGCUGCUCGUCGUGCUUACUACGCUGCUUGCACAUAUGUCGAUACCAACAUUGGCAAGCUGCUCAAGGUCCUCGACAACACUGGUCUUGCCGACGACACUGUUAUUGUUUUCACUGGUGACCACGGCGACAUGCUUGGCGAGCGUGGCUUGUGGUACAAGAUGACCUGGUUUGAAAACUCGGCUCGAGUACCUUUCCUCGUUCACUCCCCCAAGCAUUUCACUCCGAAGCGUGUCUCAGAGAAUGUCUCGACCAUGGAUCUGCUUCCCACGUUCGCCGAUCUUGCAGGCGCCAAGCUUAUCCCUGGAUUGCCACUCGAUGGUGUGUCUUUGAUGCCAUACCUGACUGGCGGUGAGGGUCUCCGCACUGAUACAGUCUACGGUGAAUACAUGGGAGAGGGCACCCAGGCUCCUCUGAUGAUGAUCCGUCGUGGCCGCUGGAAGUUCAUCUACUCCGCCAUCGAUCCGCCCAUGUUGUACGACCUGGCCACCGAUCCGGAAGAGAAGAUUAACUUGGCAGACGGUCUGCCCAUUCCAUUCAACUCGUCCCGCGUUCCAGUCGCCAAGCCAACCAGUCUGGCAGCGGUCAACCUCCCAACCCCCAUUGAAACCCCACACGCCUCGCCAAUCCCUCAGCCGCCAGCGCUGCCUAACACGACUGAGCCCGCCAAGAUCUUGGCGUUCUUCAUCGAAGAAACCAACAACCGUUGGGAUCUGGAGAAGAUCCGCCAGGAUGUUCUGGUCUCGCAGCGUCGCCGCCGUCUGGUCUAUUCUGCCCUGAUCAAGGGAACUCCGUCGCUCUGGGACUUCCAACCCCACGUCGACGCGUCCGCUCAAUACAUUCGCAAUCAGGGUAAGGGCGCUCUCGACGAUGUGGAGCUCAUCUCCCGCUGGCCUCGUGUGUUACAGCAGGCAGCCACAGUCAACGGAAUCUCCGCUUAA